AUGAAGAUUCUCUACCGGUUCUGGGUGGACUACCUUGCCGGGGAGGGCAUCGAUACCGCCAUGGUCGCAGAUUUCUGUAGAGCGGCCAUGUCUGGUCUGGAGCAGCACCCGUCUUGCCCAGCUGGCGUUGCCUAUCUCUCCUCGGUCUUCGACCGCCUUCACGCGCAGGAUAGACGAAGAGAGCGUGCAGCAUGUGGGCCAGCUCUCCUGACAACUGCGGGUGUUAGCUCGCCAGGAGCCAAGCCGGCAUGA